AUGUCAGCUAUCAAGAACGUCACGCUCGUCGGUGCAUCCGGCCACUUGGGCACUUUCGUCCUAGAAAAGCUUCUCGCCUCAAACAAGUUCAACGUGCAAGUCAUCAAACGCCCCGACUCAAGAUCAACCGUUACUGCAAACGUGAAGGCUGUCGAGGCCAACUUCGAUGAUCUCGAGUCCUUAACAGCCGCCCUCCAGGGUCAAGACGCCGUGGUAUCAACUAUCAGCGAUAAAGCCAGCAUGAGCCAAAGGCUACUCAUUGAUGCUGCCAUUGCUGCUGGCGUCAGACGUUUCCUUCCAUCCAACUUCGGCUCAAACAUGAGCAAUCCCAACACUCGCAAGCUCUCGGUAUUCAAGACCAAAGUGCUUAUUGAAGAUUACCUCAUCGAAAAAUCCAAAACCACCGACCUGACGUACACCUUUGUCUAUAAUGGGGGUUUUACAGACUUUGCCAUUCAGCACAAGCCUACGAUCUUCAACGGAGGUGACUCGCACUUUAGCUGCACUAGUCUACCAACUGUCGGAGAUGCCGUUGUCGGUGUCCUGACCCAUCCGGCAGAUACUCAGAAUCGAGCCGUUUAUGUAUCUGAAAGCAUGAUUUCACAGAAUCAGCUUUUCUCGUUGGCUAAAAGAAUUUCUCCCAACAAGCCCUGGGCUCCUGUGGAUGCGGACUUGGAUGUAGUGGUGACUGGAGCUCUUGACCGUUUUGCUCAGGGACAACAUGAUAUGUCUACAGUGAUUCCUAUCCUACUCAAGAGCAUCAUAGAUAAUGAGUAUGGGGCGAAAUAUGUUGAGAAUGAUAAUGAGUUAUUGGGUAUCAAGGAGAAAGGGGAUGAAUAUCUAGUCGAGCUUUUGACUCCAUUGCUCAAUUAG